UUUUAUAAAGUAUAAUAAAAGCAUUCUUUGUCUUUCAGGUGAUGGGCAGGAGUCAUUCGCUGUCCCUACCCAGGAGGCUACCGUCCAUGUCCUCCAGGACAGACUACGCAUCGCCCGUGACAACACCUGUAUUCCAGCCUUCUUGCAAUCCGCUGGAGAGGCAAGCGUCCUGGCUGGAGAAGGCCUACAAGCCGCCCAGCCCCUGGGAGGCGGCGUCCAGGAGCCCCCUGGGCUCGGUGGACGAGGCCUUCACCUCCCAGAACCUCCAGCAGUCCAUCGCUUCCAAUGUGAAGGCAGCUGCCCACCGCAAGUCCCUGCCAGAACCUCCCGCUGAGUGGAAGGCCAGGGUGUCCUAUGAGCCCCCUGGGAAAGGCGAGGGGCGUCAGUACUUGGCUCCCCAGUUCGUGUCCCCGACCAAGAGCGUGGUGUCGGCUCCGCCUGCGCCCACUCACUACGGCCCUCCCUUCAGACAGUACCAGCCACAGAGGUCUAUGACUGAAGCCAACAUUGGGUAUAUAGGGUCCCGACCUGUUAGCCAGCCAGGCUACAGACCUGUGUAUAACACAGCCUGGAGACGGUAAUUAAGCACAUUGAUUUAUGUGGGUGAAAAUGACAGGAUUAAGUGUUUUGACUGAGAGGCUUCAGAAACCUUAAAAUGGGUGGAGCUCUUGUGCUGUCAAAGACAAAUAUUACAAAAUUACAAAUAUGUUAUGCAGGACCACAUCUUUUGUUUUGGUUCAUAUGAGACUGUGAUUGACAGACCAUAGCUCCCCCCAUGAAUGGGUUCAUGAAACCUCAUUCCCCCCUUACUGAUUUUUGAAGGUUUAAGCAUAUAGUAGGAAAUGUUUGCAGCCUUAAGAAAAGGUUUGAAAUCAAAGAGCAAUGUUAAAAUUUAUAGACCUUUAUUACUGCCGCUACACACAUUCACAAAUAAAAAAUAGAUAUAAGAAACCACAUAGAUGGAGAUACUUUUGGAUGGUGUCCGUUCUAGUAAGGGUCCGUUAGA